AAAUACUCGACGUCUCAAGCGACAGUUGAAACCGACAAGUACGGUAUACCACUUACGCCCACCUGGUCCGUCCAGGAAUUAUUGUCUUCUUAUCCAGCUCCGUCGAUAUCACCAGCCACAUUCAAACGAUUGCAUGAGCUGUCUGCAUUAUUACCACCCGAAGAGGGUACACCGGAAUAUGUAAAGCUAAAGCACGAACUCGAGGAGUUGAUCAAGCUUGUGGAGGCCACGAAGCUGAUCAAAAUAGAGGAAACGGGCAAUGUAGGCAUCCCAGACGGGCGGGUAAUAGCAGAAGGGUCUGGGAUACCGCUCGACAGAACACCACGCGAGGACGGAGAUGUGAGAGGCCGGGAUCUACUCUCAUAUGCGAGCCGUAGCGCGAAUGGGAUGUACGUCGUCGAGACAGAUCGCUCUAGAUGA